UUCGGCAGCCAGACCGCCGGCCCGGCUGGGUACCCAGGGACACGGGGGCCGGCGGGCGCACCUGGGUCUCGGUUGCGGGGACCGCCCCGAGGCUGCUCUAGGCGGGGAGACUGCGGGUCUUAGGUGCCACCGCCUGAGCGCCCCUGCCCCCGCGGCCCGCCCCUGUGCCUCCUCGCUCUGGGGGAGGCUGCGGCACCCUGUGCCGGAGAAUCCCCGCUCGAGCUACGUGCCCGAGGCUCUGUAAAGCCAGCUGGUGCGUUUGCGUUUUUGCGCCGCGCGUCUGUGUCUAAAGAGACAACAUAACGGUAAAGCGAGUGCGAAGAUCUCUUUCUUGGCUGGAAGAGGAGGCCAAGCGCGGUUCUAGCCUCCGAUGCCUGCUAUGGGGAGGGGGGUGCCUUGAGCAGAGUUAGGGAGCUGCUCACCCAGCUCCGAUGUCAGCAGGACUCGCCCAUUGUGCCACCCGGAUAAUUAUUCAACUCUGCAGCAUCCAUUGCACCUUUCCCAUUUUUCUUUUCCCCUUACUGUAGCAUGCCCCCUAGCUUCGGUACUCUGACGCCUUCUCUUGCACUUGCGGAUGAUGAACUGGAAUAAUGGUGAAAAGAAAGCACAUCUGACCUGAACAUUCAUAACCUGUCCUAUAGCCGAUUAAUUAACUAAUCCCCAGCUUUUCUUGUUUAAGAUUGUUGCCAUAUCCCUCUUGGUAAAACGGAAUUGCACAUAGACAUUGCAGAGGCGGUUGUUUUAAGAGCGGAAAUUAAAAGGACAGCCAGAAGAGGAUGCUGAAGAUGUGAUCAGAGAAGAUGUAAUGUGUUGCGUUCUGAUAUGACUGUUCAGUAGGGACCAGAGGAUAAAGUAAGCCCUCUAGGUGGUCACAAAGCACUGACCUGAUCUCCCUGUGCUAUCCGGCUGCUUCCCACCAACUAUCUAUUGGCAGGUGGAUUCUUAACCACAGCGCCACCAGGGAAGCCCUCCAACUAAUUUUGAGUUAAUUAAAUCUGCUCAUUAAAAGUCUGACUGUUAAGUGAGAGAUCAUGGUGAACUGGCAUAGAGGUUGAUCUCAAGAUGCCAUUAGUGAAAAGAAACAUCGAUCCUAGGCACUUGUGCCACACAGCACUGCCUAGAGGAAUUAAGAAUGAACUGGAAUGUGUAACCAAUAUUUCCUUGGCAAAUAUAAUUAGACAACUAAGUAGCCUAAGUAAAUAUGCUGAAGAUAUAUUUGGAGAAUUAUUCAAUGAGGCACAUAGUUUUUCCUUCAGAGUUAACUCAUUACAAGAACGUGUGGACCGUUUAUCUGUUAGUGUUACACAGCUUGAUCCUAAAGAAGAAGAAUUGUCUUUGCAAGAUAUAACCAUGAGAAAAGCUUUCCGAAGUUCUACAGUUCAAGAUCAGCAGCUUUUCGACCGCAGGACUUUGCCUGUUCCAUUGCAGGAGACGUACGAUGUUUGUGAACAGCCUCCACCUCUCAAUAUACUCACUCCUUACAGAGAUGAUGGUAAAGAAGGUUUGAAGUUUUAUACCAAUCCUUCAUAUUUCUUUGAUCUAUGGAAAGAAAAAAUGUUACAAGAUACAGAGGAUAAGAGGAAGGAAAAGAGAAAGCAGAAGCAGAAAAAUCUAGAUCGUCCUCAUGAACCAGAAAAAGUGCCAAGAGCACCCCAUGACAGGCGGAGAGAAUGGCAGAAGCUGGCCCAAGGUCCAGAGCUGGCUGAAGAUGAUGCUAAUCUCUUACAUAAGCAUAUUGAAGUUGCUAAUGGACCGGCCUCUCAUUUUGAAACAAGACCGCAGACAUACGUGGAUCAUAUGGAUGGAUCUUACUCGCUUUCUGCCUUGCCGUUUAGUCAGAUGAGUGAGCUUCUGACGAGAGCUGAGGAAAGGGUCUUAGUCAGACCACAUGAACCACCUCCACCUCCACCAGUGCAUGGAGCAGGAGAUGCAAAACCCAUACCCACCUGUAUCAGUUCUGCUACAGGUUUGAUAGAAAAUCGUCCUCAGUCACCAGCUACAGGGAGGACACCUGUGUUUGUGAGCGCCACCCCCCCACCUCCUCCACCACCUCUUCCAUCUGCCUUGUCAACUUCUUCAUUAAGAGCUUCAAUGACUUCGACUCCCCCCCCACCAGUACCUCCCCCACCUCCACCUCCAACCACUGCUUUGCAAGCUCCAGCAGUACCACCGCCUCCAGCUCCUCUUCAGAUUGCCCCUGGAGUUCUUCACCCAGCUCCUCCUCCAAUUGCACCUCCUCUAGUACAGCCCUCUCCACCGGUAGCUAGAGCUGCCCCAGUAUGCGAGACUGUACCAGUUCACCCACUCCCACAAGGAGAAGUCCAGGGGCUGCCUCCGCCCCCACCACCGCCUCCUCUGCCUCCACCUGGCAUUCGACCAUCAUCACCUGUCUCAGUUGCAGCUCUUGCUCAUCCUCCCUCUGGGCUACAUCCAACUCCAUCUACUGCCCCAGGUCCCCAUGUUCCAUUAAUGCCUCCAUCUCCUCCAUCACAAGUUAUACCUGCUUCUGAGCCAAAGCGUCACCCAUCAACCCUACCUGUAAUCAGUGAUGCCAGAAGUGUACUUCUGGAAGCAAUACGAAAAGGUAUUCAGCUACGAAAAGUCGAAGAGCAGCGUGAACAGGAAGCUAAACACGAACGCAUUGAAAAUGAUGUUGCCACCAUCCUGUCCCGCCGUAUUGCUGUGGAAUACAGUGAUUCAGAAGAUGAUUCAGAAUUUGAUGAAGUAGAUUGGUUGGAGUAAGAAAAAAUGCAUUGAUAAAUAUUACAAAACCGAAUGCAAAUGUCCUUUGUGGUGCUUGUUCUUUGAAAAUGUUUGGUCAUUCCAGUGUUUUGCUUUCUUUUCCUUGAGGUAAAUAACCCUUUUCCUCCAUAAUUUUUGAUUUCUAAGAAAAAUAUUAGCAUACAUUUCAAACUAAAUGUUUUACAGUGGCUUAUCUUUUUUUAUUUUUCCCUGAAAAGGCAUCAUUUGGUCAAAUAAACCACUAAGUAUUAAGCAUGGACAGCUGUUGUUAGAGUAGCUGAUUCAGUUUUUUGAUAUAUCUUAAUUGUGCACUUUGUGAAUUUUAAUUUAAAGAGCAACUGAGAUUAAAAAUCUUGAGGGCAGCUGUAUCUGUUAAUGAGCCUUAUUCCAUUUCCUGACGUUUUAAAAGAAGAAACACUGCCUUUAUAUGAAUACACUCAGAAAGUACAUUUAGCUUGUAGUAUUGAAUUCUCUUAAAGGAAUGCUUGAAUUUUUAAUUAUUGUUUUAUUGUUUUAAAAUACUUGCCUUAUUUGAAUGUUUAGCAGUAUCCCCUUCCUACUUAUAUAUUGUGUGGUACAAUUUUGCUUGCCUAUAAGAGUUUAAAAAUUUUCCAUGUGAAAUACUCUGACAUAAACCAUGUAACUUACAUAACUGUUAAGAAUAACAGUCUGAUUUAAUAAAUGGUUCAUUUUAAAGGUU